AUGUCGUUUUGGGACAACAACAAGGACUCCAUCAAAGCCGGCAGUCUGGCCGCUCUUAAAGGUGCAGGCCGUGCAACGGUAACAGUGUCAAAGUACGGCUACCAUGCUGGCAAAACGGCCUACAAAAACAAUAGAAACAAGAGUUCUGGACAAGCCGGAAAAAAAGAGGAAGAAGAACCUCAAAGUCCUCCUACUAUCCCACAGACCAGAGAUCCGCACACUUUUGCGCCUCCGCCAAAACAUGUUGCCGUUGCUGGUCAGCCACAGCCCAAUCACCCGCAGCAGUAUGCCCAGGUUCCCGCCCAAGCCGUGAACUACCAACAAACGCAGGUGGCACAGAAUCCUGCUCAAUUCCAGCAGGCGUCUCCACAACAACAGACGGCCUACGUACCUGUCACACAGUCCGUUCAGCCUGCCCAACAAUACGCCCCUCAGCAGCAAUAUCAACAAACUAUGCAAUAUCAACCAGCUAUGCAAUAUCAACCAGCUAUGCAAUAUCAACCAACUAUGCAAUACCAGCCAGCUGUUCAAUAUCAACCAGCUGUGCAAUAUCAACCCCAGACGCAGGCCUGGCCUAACCAACCACAGCCGUUUGUCCAGCCAGCCCAGCCAGCCCAGCCAGCUCAGCCAGCGAUGAUGCAGCAGCCAACACCGCCACCAACGGCACAAGAACCUAUGCAGGCUCUUUCUCAGCAGCCGACCCAAUACGGCGCACCGCAGCCAAUUGCUCAACCGGCUCCUCCGUCACAGCGCCCCGUUCCCCAGCCCAUUCCCCAGCCCACUCCCCAACCCGAGCCGACGCCGUCACCACUUUCAGCUCCACAGCCCACAAGUGAGUAUACUAGACCUGCCAUAAUCUCUCCUCCUCAGAACCCUCCUCCAUACACUGCUACACCAACGGCCCCGCCACCUGCUACCGUUUCUGUUGUGAGCCAGCCUUCUGGCUCGCCCGCAGUAACGCCAGCCCCAACUCAGGUGUAUCUUCCAGAGGCACAGGAACCAGCUGCGCCGAAGAAGAAGAACGGUCUGCCGCCUGUCGAGGAACCAAAGUUCAAGCAUUCGUUGAUGGAUUUCGACCUAUCCAAAUUUGGUCCUCCUCCUCCCAAAGCACACAGGACUGAAGAGGAGCUGCGCAAGAUUGAAAAGGAGCGCGAAAUGAGGAUAAGGCUGCAGAAACUGAAAGAAGAGUCACAGCAGCGAGCAAAGAUGAAUGCACACCAAAAUGUAUCGGCGGUUGCAUCGCCAUCCUCUGCAUCGUCAGUUGUGUCUCCUUCAAGCACAGGCACCAGGCCAGAGCUUCCUUCAAGAGUCAAUUCGGAGUCUACAGAGCAGCCCAAGAAGUUUGAGCUUCCUGACAUCUCGAAAAUACAGCCUCCACCUCCUGUUCCCAAAAAGGAGAGCCAUGAAAACACCGUCAACUCUCCGCCCACACCAUCCACAUCGCGCCCAAAUCUGGCUUCCAGAACGGUGCCUAUACCGCCUCCAACUCUUUCUCGUCCAGAAUCUGGUUCGUCAGCCCCGCCUCCGCCAUCUAAACCAACACAUCUAUCUGCAAAGCCCAAGCCUCCAGUUCCUAAAAAACUGUCAAACUCAGAGGUGGCUGAAGCUAUUGGCUCCAAACAGAAGCCACCAGUUCCUGCAAAGAAGCCUUCUGUGGGGUCUGUGUCCUCAACUUCCAGCCAUAUACAGGAACUGCAAUCAAAGUUGGCUGGUAUGCAUUUCAAUAACUGA